AUGAGGUUGAGCCCUAGGUCUAUACCGGGUCCUCUCUCUGCACAAAAUACAGGUGCUCUCGACUGGGGCCCACAAGGUUUAAUCGCGUAUGGGUCUCACAACUCCGUGGCUGUGGUUCAUGUUGAGUCUCUUCAGUUGCUCCAGGUCCUAGCUGCUCACAACUUCAAUGUUUCUACUGUGAAAUGGUGUGGACACAAUCCCUACCACAACUUGCUUGUACCUGUGUCCCUGUUGUUAGCAUCCGGUGACAAGUCUGGCAGAGUCAUUGUGUGGGAGGCACUAAGCGGUCGGAAGGUGAACGAGUUGAUAGAAGCCACUAGAACAUCAGGCAACGUAACAAUGAGCUGGGUCCCCAACACAUUCUUCCUGAUCGUUUUACUGCCUCCCCACAACGUAGUCCUGUGGAAUGCUGCUUCCGGAACUAGGAUCUGGAAACAAACUUUUGUAGAUCCUAUGUACUCCUUCUCUUUAGACCCGUUUGACGAAAGUAGGCUAGUGCUGGUUAGCGACAACUCCCUGAUCUUUGUAAAUGAUCUAGACCUCUGUAAAACCCCAAACAGCCACCCUAAGAAAUACCAACUAGCUCUGGGUAACAAAGGAAGAUCUGACUCCCUGCAACCCAGUAUUACCGGGGACUACCACCCUCAUUCCAACAGCAUGCAGGGUUUAAUAAAAGUGGUGCACUCGCCCUACUGUAGAAACAAGCUGCUACUCCUCUACCCAAGACAGAUCACUAUAAUAGAUCUGGAGCUCAUGCACGCUACUGGAUACAUUCUACAG